GUAGAUUUAGAAGAAUUCAUUGUGGGGUACCCACCUCCAAAGCCGAGCUUAAAAGGAAAGAAGCAAAUUUUUACAGAACAGGAUAAAACUACGGCGGAUGAUAAAGCCAGACAAAUUAAAGUUGAAGACUAUCAAACCCUGGAUGACUUGGCGCAUGCUCUGACAGACGGAUUAAUAAAUGACGUCCAAAAAGUGCGCACAAUUUUUACUUGGAUUGGAUUACAGGGGUCAAAGAAAAACAAAUCUAAAAAGGGAGACAAUAAAAACCAAAAUGUCACUUUGCCAAAAACCAUUGUACAACAAGUUACGCAAAGAAAACGCUCAUACAAUUACUUAUUCAUAAGCCUUUGCAGGGCUGUAAAAAUCCCGUCUGUACUUAUACGUGGACUUGGGAAAAGUGUGGCUUACGAGGUGGGUGACAGAGAUGUCGACAAUCUGAGGAACUCAUGGACAGCAGUGUAUGUAGCCGGAGGGUGGCGUUUUGUGUUUCCGCUUUGGGCUUUUUCAGCAGUGGUUGGUCACUCCAAGGGUACAUGGACGCUAAUAGAAGACAAAGGAAAAGGUACAAGAGAAAAAGAAGAAAGAUCAUCAGGUCAAACAAUCCGCCAUAUAAACGAUUAUUACUUCCUGACGGAUGCAGAAGAGUUCAUCUAUACUUGUUACCCUCAUGAUUCGAAAUGGCAGCUUCUUACUAGGCCAUUCACCAAACAGGACUUCAUAGAUAUCGCAUAUUGUAGUCAAGACUAUUUUGAGAAUCACUACAAAAUCACAACACCGAAUAAAUGUCUUUAUACAUCUGCAGGCGGAGUAUGCGAUAUUGGGAUAAAGAAGUUAGAUAAAGAAGAAAGUUCUUACACAUAUAAGCUGUAUUUCAACCACGAGGAAUCGAAGACAACUAUGUCUUCUGAAAUACAGCUAGAGAGGUACGUAGCCAUGUUCAAUGAAGGGUCCUCCGUUAAAUUUUUUGUUCGGUUUCCCUGUGAAGGCAUAUAUAAGAUGGAGAUCUUUGGUGACCAUUUCCCUUUAUGCCAAUUCAAACUUGAGUGUAACGAGAAUAUUAACUAUAUAAAACCAUUUCCUUAUAAUCCAGAGUGUGGAUUUGGUCCAAACUCACUAACGAAAAAAGCCGGGCUCCGUCCGCAGUCACACAAGUGUGGCUUCAUUAAUAUCAGAAAGACGACGAAUGUCACUGUGAUAUUCAAUAUUAAAAAGACAGUGUUUGUCCAAACAAACUUGAUACACAAUGAUAUCGAACAGGAGACGUUGAAUAAACACGUGACCAAUAAGAUUAAAGGUCAGGAGCUUGAUAUCAACGUAAAUUUGCCUCAAAAAGGAGAAUAUGCGCUUCAGAUCAACGCAAAGGACAAAGAUUCAGAUGGCUCAUUCAAGAAUGCCUGCAACUACCUUUUGACCUCAGAAAACAUUAACAAAAAGCGGAAGCCCUACGAGAAUCCGAUAGAAAAAAGAAUCAGGAAGGCCUUACAGGACCAAACUUGCUCCAAUGACGUAGAAGCUCUUCAAAAAGCCCUGGAUGACUUUGAUAAGGUAGAUCUAGACGACAAAGGGGAUCGUCAACAGGCAGAAGAAAGGUUGACGUACCUUACCCUACUAAAAGAACUGAAAGAUGCAAUUGCAAGAAGACAUGGUGAGAAACUAAAGGAAGCAAUACAAAAUGCAAAAUCGUCCUCGUACAAGUCCAAUCUUGAGAAUUUUAUUGAAACAGCAGAAGAGUUGUUAUUACAGUUGCAAAGGCUAAGGGGAUUUACUCACGAUAUACUUCAAAUGCAACAAACGACAGUCGCUGAAAUCCAAACCUAUAAACACCCAAAUCAUAUGGCUUAUGACGUCAUGAGAGCUACAUAUAUUCUUCUAGGGGAAGAGGAAACGCGGGUCGAGAACUGGGAACAGGUACAGGCAUUGAUGCGAAGGACUGGAAAAGAAGGUCUGUUGAGGCGCGUGCGUCAGUUCAACAUUACCCACGUGACCAAAGAAAUGGUUAAUCACUCCUCUCAAAUACUUCGACUUUACGAUGAAGAGACGAUACGAGCAUCCAGUGUGGGUCUCGGUACAUUUUACAAAUGGGCAACACAUGUUAUCGAAGAAACGACAAAAUCAGAAGAUUUUUCUAGAGUCCCAAACGCUUAGGAACAUAAUCGCAAAACAGAG